UAACAACCUCCGCUUCCUCCCCUCCUCCCCUCCUCCUCCCUCCCCCCUCCCCACUCCCCGCCCCGUCUCUGCUGUCCAGCAAUGCGUAUCUUCGACAAGUUCUUCGGUGUCGUCGCACCCGCCACCGGUGCCCCCAUCCUCGCUGGCCUCUAUGCCAUCGUCGGCUUAGUCUUCGCCAUCCUCUGCUUCGGUCGCUGUAAGUGCCAUCCAUCCAGCAUCCAGCAUUCAGCAUCCCAGCCUACCCCUCUACACACACGCACACGUCUCAACAACAAUAUCCACUUUACAUUCAGCUCGGAACAUGGCACCGAGUGCGAGAUCGCAUAUAAAAUUAUCACACCUUGCCCUCAUACCCAUCCAUCCACUCCACUCCACCCCACUCUACUCUGCCGUAUCACAUUUGCAGAGCAUCGACCGUGCUCCCUCCUCCCUCCCUUGCCUCCUUUUACAUGUCGUAAUGGAUUUUCCAAAGAUUCUUUUUUCAAAAGGAGGAGCCAGAGAACCAGGGAGUCACGGAGCCAGGAACCAAAGGGGAAAUAUCCCAUCUCCCUUUUUAUUGUGAUUACCGGGGAUUCGACCUUUCUUUUUUAGCAUAAUGUCCGAUAAGAACACACCGAUCUUACCGGAAUUAUCUUCUAUGUUUUUGGGCGCUCAUUUCUUCCCCCCUCCGCAUUCUCCAGUGUCAUCCCCUGCUCGUUUGAUCUUGCUCUGUGGGGCUGGAUUGAAGUGGGUAGCAAGGCCCGCUUAAGGAAAAGGAAAUUCGAGACUAUCUCUACCUCUAUGGCACCACUGUUUUCAUCUCUUCGUCAUUCACCCGGGCUGCUGCUCUCAUAUCUCGUGUAAUCCCCAUGGGGAAUUAUUUUUUGCGUUUACCGUUCUUACCGGGGAUUG